GGAAGAAGAGCGUUGCAGAGGACGCCCGAUCCCAGGUAUCGCAAGCCCCACGUUCUUGAGGCCCACCACAGGCUUUGCCGAAACCUGUUUCUGCUUUAAUGCCGCACCGCUUUGCCCUCUUGGGAUCUCCGCUUCACUGCGACUCAUUUCAAUCCGGGAUUGCAUUGCAUUUCAUAGAGAGAGUAAUCUCAAAGCUGCCGUGAUUUGAUCGGAAGACCGGCGGGAUGAUGUCCCCAGAGGUUAGCAAUACGAGAGGAGGGAAGGAGAGGCGGAGGAGAGGCGGAGAUCAGAGUAGGAGCAAUAAUGGUGAUGUGCGUAAUGCUAGCCAUGGCGGAAAUGGGAGUAGGGUUAGAAGUGAGACGAUGAGGAAGGUGCUUUUAGGGUUAGGAUUCUGGAUGCAGGGGUUCAGGUGUUUUCCAUGGAUGGGUGUCAAUUUCUUCCUCAAGGAUGGCCUCCGUGUGGACCCCUCCACCCUUCAGAUCCUUCAGAGCUCCGCCAAUCUUCCCAUGGUUGCCAAGCCCUUCUAUGGCAUCCUCUCCGAUUCCAUUUACAUCUCUGGCCAGCAUCGCAUACCUUACAUUGCCUUUGGAGCUUUUUUGCAAGCUUUAUCGUGGUUUGUUCUUGCACUUCUCUCCUCAACUAUCUCGUUUUCUACCAUCACCGCAUUUCUGCUACUUGGAAACUUGGGUGCUUCAAUUGUUGAGGUUGCGAAUGAUGCCAUUGUUGCAGAGAUAGGAAAACAACCCAGUCCUUCAUCCACUUCAUCAGGCGAGCUUCAGUCUUUUGUUUGGAUGGCAGCUUCCCUUGGUGGAAUUCUUGGAAACCUUUUAGUUGGUAUUGUCAUCAAUAGAAUUUCCGCUCAAGAUAUGUUCAGUCUGUUCGGUGUUCUGCUCUCUCUCCAGUUCCUGGUGACUGUUUUUAUCAAGGAGAGCACUCUAGACCUCCCCAAAAGUAUGUCUAAUCAUCACGGGAUCAAAAAACAGCUCUCAGAACUUGUGGUUGCGCUGAAGAAACCAGAAAUCUCUUACUCCAUAGCUUGGUUUGCCGCGUCGUUUGCAGCAGUUCCUGCUCUAACAGGGACCAUGUUCUACUACCAAACACAACACUUGAAGAUUGAGACCUCAGUACUGGGUAUUUCUAAAGUGUUUGGACAGAUAAUGAUGCUUUUGUGGGGCAUUAUCUAUGACAAACACCUUAAGUCAAUCUCACCAAGGAAGCUAAUAGCUGGAAUUCAGGUGUUAAUGGCAGUUCUAAUGUUAUCGGACAUGCUGUUUGUGAAAGGUGUAUAUGGGAGGCUAGGAAUUCCAGAGUCUUUGUACGUUGUGAUUUUCUCAGGCUUCUUGGAGAUGCUAUGUUUUUUCAAGAUUCUCCCGUUCAGCGUUUUAAUGGCGCAGCUUUGCCCACCGGGGUGCGAAGGAUCUGUAAUGGCGUUUCUCAUGUCUGCUGUAGCUCUUGCCAUGGUAGUAAGUGGGUAUCUUGGGGUUGCCUUGGCAUCGCAUGUCAAGGUUACAUCAGGAAAUGAUUUCUCAGGCUUUCCAUCUGGUCUUUUGAUACAAGCAGCAUCAACACUUGUACCACUUGUUUGUUCAUCAUUUAUACCAGACGGCCCAAAGCCAAAAACCAGCUAGUUUUUUAUUUAAUCAAGGAAUUAUUCAAAUACUUGAUCAUCCUGUAAUUUGUUUAGUUGUAGUGAUUUGUUGUUGUACAA